UACGAAUCAUUUGCGUCCCAAACACUCCCAGCACACAGACUGAACUCGGAGGCCAAGCAAAACCCAAAAGCCAUAGCCCAUAGAUCACUUUGGCCACCCCCUUCUUUAAAUCUCCGCUGAGACUAAGCAUUUGACCUUGCUUCGACUUCUCCGCUCACGCCUCAUUUCCCCAUCCCCGAAGUCCUGUCUUUGAUUCCCAGAUAGAAUCCAAUUUUUGGGUGACCAUGCCCACAGCAAAACUUCCACCUACUUGCAUGUUCACAAUUGCAUCUCCCAGCCAACCAAAGAUUGCAUUUUUCAAGAACCCAUCAUCCCCAAGAUCAUUGCAAAGGACAGUCUCUAUAUCAUUUGGUGGCAUGAGAGCUGACCGUUUCAGAGCAAAUGCUACAUACAAAGUCAGAUUGGUGGGUCCAGAUGGCAAAGAGACUGCCUUUGAUGCCCCUGAUAAUACUUACAUUCUUGAUGCAGCCGAGGAAGCAGGAAUAGAUUUGCCUUAUUCUUGUAGGGCUGGUGCAUGCUCCACCUGUGCAGGAAAGGUCGUCUCCGGGAAAGUUGACCAAUCUGACGGGUCUUUCCUUGAUGAUGCCCAAAUGGAAGCGGGGUACGUGUUGACAUGUGUUGCGUACCCGACUUCAGAUUGUGUGAUUCACACCCAUAAGGAUAGUGAUCUUUACUAGGAGAUAUGACUCAUUAGGGUGUUUCCUUGUUCUGCUAAAUGCUUGAUCUUGGAGAAGCAUUCAAUUCUGCGUUGUUCCCUCAACUUGGUUCAAGUGAGUCUAUGUAAUGCCACCCUAAUCUUUUGUAGCAUAAUGUUAUUCAUGAGAACAAUUAGAGUACGAAAUUAUGUGUUCUAUGUUGAACCGUGUUAUUUUUGGUCGUAACUCUUCUGUCCAAACCCUUGGAUGACCCAUCUCUCAGGUUACUGGUCUUCGACAAUCCACCUCCAUCGCCUUGCCAGUUGCCACCCGUCCCCGACAUUCUCUAAACUCCGGUGACCGCUUGUUUCAGUUAGAUUGUGGAGACUAAAAAAGAAAACACAUCAUUAUCUUUUCCCGCCUUGUUCAAAUUCACUAGUGAAACGUAAAAUUAAUAUCUAAAUUUAGAACGUGUCCGAAGUCAAGGUAUUCGGUCCAGUUUAUAAGGGUUGAAUGUUGAUAAAAUCAACAUUUUGAUAAUAUAAGAAUUAGUAUUCACACAUGAUGUAGUUUAGCAUAUAAAUGGCAUGCUAUUCCAAAUGCCCUCUUUGGUCGAUAGCAAAGGUGGUCUUAUUUUGUUGCCAUCAACUUUUGCAAAGAUGGAGAAAGUAAAACAGACUUUCAAGGAAUAAGAAUAAAGCAACUUCUGUGCUUCCUCCUUUGCCUACCCCAAGUCCCCAACGUGCGAAAAAGAACAUUUUUAGGCUAAAGCCACCACAAUUAAAAAUAUUGUAAAGGAUUGUUGGACAAGAUGGGGAAAACGGUAUUGAGUUUGAUAUUUUGAUUGUGACAUAAACGCUGAAUGCUUUUUCAAAUUUGAUUAUUUUAGCCCUAAAAUAACUCAGAGUCUUAACUUUUAUGAUCGAACUGCACGAAUUGAACUCAAGAACAUUUGAACUCAUCAAAUGAAACUACAAUUUAGAGCCGUGAACCCUUUUUUCAACUUAUGAAGUUUAUAAGUCAGUUUUUUCACCAAACAUAUAACUUUUGAUUUCGCAGGCUGAAUUGUGUAAUAAUAAUAAUAAGAAAAACUAAGGUUGAAGUUACUUUUCUGCCUGUAUUGGCUGAAAUUACUGUAGAGGAUCAUUUAAACUAUUUUUUCACAUAUUUUUUGCUGUAUUUAUUAACCAAAUAUUUUAAAUACAAUUUUUUCAUAAAUCAGCACAAUCAGUCAAUGCAAUCACUUCAGCCAAAACUUCAUAAGUUUCAGCAAAAUUAGCCAAUUCAGCCAAUUUCAGUGUUACCAAACGAGCUCUUAAUAUUUAAAUACUUAGAUUCACUAGCAAAGUAAAUUAGCAGAUUCCAAAAAAAAUAUUUGGUAAUUUAAUUGUUUUGUGGCAACAAUGAGUAUAAAAUGUCUUGUUUCAAAAUGCUAACCCAAAAUGAUGCUAUUUCAACGGUUUGUAGCAUUCUCAAAAAGAAAAGGCGUAUGAAAAACCGGAUCUCAAUCUAAAGCGGCCGUCUCUAGGGUUGAUCCGUAGGUAUUUCUUCUGGCGGUAACGGCAGUCACCUGGUCCGGUCUUCCUUCUUCUUGUAGUAGCGAGUGAUCUAGGAGCAGAUUUCAACAGCGCAGCGAGUCUCCGAACAUCGCUAAGGGCGCAAAUCGGGCAGAGUUGUGUGCGGAAUCGAUUACCAAUUGAUGAGGGCAGCUUCCAAACCACCAAUCCAGAACAAGGUGAUGGCAGGAGUGCAGCGGCGAACAGGAGGGCUAAUCGGAAAAGGUAGAUGCUCCGUCAGAGAUGGUUGGACAGUGAGCACGACGAAUGGGAGGCAUGGCAAGAGGAAUCUACUCCGAUUGAUUGAUGCUUCGAUCCACUCCGCGUCAACAAUCAUAGCGGGUAUCCGGCCUCCUCCUGAACCACCGUCAGGGGUUGAACGAGGUGCUAGGUUUCAAGAAUUUUAUUUUUCUUCUUUAGAUUUUUUCAUGUUUCGUUUUUUUUUUGGAUUUUUACGCUGUUAUGGUUGUGCUUUUUCCGGCAAGAAAACUCUAGAACCUAGGACAGGUGAUGAGAAGUUUGAUUUGCAAAUCAUUGGCUCAGUUAAGCCCAAAGCGGGAUCAUCGAAUCUAAUUGCUUCUACGGGGGUGAUUGAUUCUAAGUCAGGUUCUAGGACGGACGACUGAAGGAAGACUUUUUGUCAUUUUGUAACCUGCUUAUGUUCUGUUAUCAUAAUUUAAGUCACCUUCUUCCAAAAAAAAAAACGGUUUGUAGCAUUCUCAAUUCAGUGGCCCUUAUAGUAUCA